AUGAACAGCCAGAACUCCGCUACCAGCGUUCCCGUUGAUCUAUAUAAUGCCGAGGUGGGAAUCACAUUAUUGCCCGGCGCAGUUGAUGCAGCCAAAGCAUCAGCCGCGCAGGCGGCGGCAAGUCCGGCGGCGAGAAGGCUCCGCGCAGAGCCCGCGGGCCACCGUCGCGCGCAGUCCGACGCUGACGCCCUCACCGCCGCGGAUUGGGCGCACGAGCGCUUGCGCUCGUUUAACAUUCGGAAAACCGGCGAGGCGGAAGGGGUUUCUCCAGGUGGCGCAAUUUCCAGCACAAGCGCAGCUUCCGUGGCGGACGCUCCCCAUGCGCCCAGCCCGCGCGGGCGCAAGGUCUCGAGUGCUUUCGCAAGUCCCGCGAGCGGAGCAGUGGGGGGGAGAACGCAUACCUCGCGCGGCUCUUCCGCGCGAGCGCGGCGGGCGAGCGCGGAUGCGACGGACCUUGGGGGAGCCCUGUCGAUUGAGGGGAUGGCGACGGGGCAGAGUGACGGAAAAGUGAAGGUAGAACAGAAGGGAGAGGAGGACGAGAUCUCGGAGAAGCAGCAGCAGCAAGAGGAGAAGCAGCAGCAGCAGCAGCAGCAGCUGCUGCUGCUGCUGCGGCGGCGACAGAAGAAGCUGGUCCAGGCGAGCUUCGUAGAUCGAAGGACUGGAGAGACGGCUGGCCUUAGUCUUAGCCUCGGCGGGAAGGACAAGAGCGCGAACCAAUGGCGCUCCGCCAUUGAACGCUCGCCUGGCGCGGGCGGGCUUGUGUCGCCGCGCGUGGGGGAUGCUUCCCCUGGGGUUGCCGGGGAAGCGAUGCGAUCUGCAGGAGACGCGGCCGUUGCGGAGGCAGGGAGCGGGGCGAGGGUGAACAGGAAGGACGAGUGGAAUAACGAGAGGGUUGAAGAGAAGAGCGGGGAGGGGGUGAAGGUGGAGAGGAAAAGCAAGGAGAAAGGAGCUAGGCGGGACAGAGAAGACAGGCGGACGAGGAUAGAGGGGGGCGAUGGUGGGUGGAAGGGAGCGACGGAGAGGGAGGCUGAGGGAGGGAGGGAGGAGAAAAGGAAAGGGAGGAGGGAGGAUAUGAGGGAGAACGGAACAGAGGAGGGGAGGGAAGAAGGGGCGGAGGGAAAGAUUGAAGAAGAAGGGGGAGGGAAGAGGGAUGGCACUGGGGAGGAACGGGUGGGUAAACAAGGGGAGGAAUGGAGAUCUCCCCACCUGCAAUCCGCACACCUUCCCCCCUCCCUCCUCUACCAAACCUUCCCUUUCCACCCUCCAUUCCCCCCCGCGCAUUCCCACCCUCUAGCCCCCCCUUCGCCAUUCUCCUUCCCUCUCUCCCCAGCGUCUCCCUCUCAGCUUCUGCGAAAAGUGUGGGAUGCAGAAGGGGCAUGUGAUAGCGGAGAGUUUCAGGGGGACCUGUAUGGGCUGGUCACGCCUGAUGCUGAAGAUUUGCACGAGUCUUGGCCUGCUGCUGCUGCUGGGGGUAGCAAGGCGCCCCAGGAAUCUAUGUCUGCAGCUGUGGGGGAUAGCAAGGGGAGAGAGAGAGUAGCAGGCGGCGAGUCUUUGGAGGAAAGUGAUGGGAGUGUGGCAAGUAUUGCGACGUCGCAGAGCUCUCGAAACUCAAAGGAUGGGAGUGCGUCGAGUUAUGUAGUUGCAGAAGAAAUGGAAGGGGCAAAGGAAUCAGAGAAGGAUGAGAGGGAAGAAGAUGGGGAAGUGGCUUUAACGGUGUGUAAACCGUUGGGGAGUGAUGGGACGAGAAGAGACGAGGGGGGUGAGGGGGAUGAUGAGGAUGGGGGGAGAGUGAUCGUGGUGCGAGUGGGGAGUGCAGGUGAGGUGGCUAAGAGCAGAAGCCCUAGAACUCCUGGGAAAUCUCCUGGUAAAAGCCCGACAGGGAGCAGGCGAAGAAGCCCCAGAAGUUUCAAGGAAGGGCAGGGCAGAAGUUCCAAGGGCGAGGCCUCGUUAUUGGAGAACUCGUUAUUAAGGAAUCAUACUGAUGACGAGAAAGAGCAGCAGAGGCGGCGCCGGGAGCGGCGGCUGCGGCAGCUGCGAGUGGGGAGGCGGUCGAGAGGUGCGGAUGAGGAGAUGUGCUGGGUGGAGGAGGGAGAUGAGGGGAUGGAGGGGUUGGAAGGGGAGACGGGGAUAGGAGAGAAAGGGGGAGGUGAGAGGGGGAGAAGCGAGUGGAAGGGAAGUGGCAGGCAGGCAGGUGCAGCUGAGAUGUUGCUGAUGAGGCAGUUGCAGGAGAGGGAAGAGGAUGAGGAAGGAGACGAGGGAGGAGAUGGGGGAGGAGAGAGGGGGGGAGAGAAAGAUGGAGGGAGAGAGCAGAGGAAGAGGGAUAGUUCCCGAGGCAGAGCUUCUUUCAGGGAGAUCGACAGCUGGGAAGGGAGGGAGGAAGAUGGAAGACGCACGGAGGGAGGGAGAGGGAAAGGAAGCAGGGAAGGAGGAGGGAACGAGGGCAAACAGCAGCAGGAGAAGGAGUGUACGGUAUCUGACAAUGGAGGGGGGAAGCAACCCAAAGAGAAGGAUGAGGUGGAGUUGAGAAGAGCACGGGAUGGGGAAGAAAAGGAGGGUGGGGAGCGGAAGGAGGGCGGGGAACGGAAGGAGGGCGGGGAACGGAAGGAGGGCGGGGAACGGAAGGAGGGCGGGGAACGGAAGGAGAGGAGAGGAAGGAAAGACGUCCUCUCAAAGCUCUCCAAGCGAGACAGUGCCUUGGCUCGCAGCAACGAGAAGGUAUACGCCACCAUGCGCCGCUCUAACGAUCUCAAAUCCACCAGCGGCGGUGACCCCUCUGAUCCUCUUAUCAAGCCCUCUGCUGCUGGAGCCCUCGCAGGCUAUGCAGCCUUUGAUGCAUCCAAGGUUCGCGGCGCGAUCACGCCGGGAAGGUCCCGGGGGAAGGGUGGCGGGACCUCGUUCCGGGCAGCUGAGAAAAGUUUGCUGCCCGAUUUUGAGACGACGGUGAUGGAUUUGAAGCUGGAUUUGAAGGCAGCAGCAGGUGCGGGUGCAGGCGCAGGCUCGUCUCGCUUUGAGGAUCAUCGGCAGAAGCUGUCUGCUUCAGCUGCUGCUGCCGCUGCCAUCGCUGCUGCUGUUGGUGGUGCUGCUGGUGGUGGUGGUGUUUCUUCUGCUUCUGCUGUUGCGACUGGUACCGAAGUCUUGAGCAGGAGCAGCCGGGCGAAGAGCCCUUGGCGAAGCUCCAAGGACAGAAGAGGGAUGUCUCAGGGCGACCUGCGCUUUGACCUCACAGCAGACCCCCUUGGGGGCUUGGAUAACGCCUCGGUGGGUGACACUGGGGGGCUGGGACGGGGAGGGCGGGGGCGGGUGAGAGAGGGGGGGGUUUCGAAAGUCUGGGGAAUCAUAGGCUCCUGGCGGCCUACCAAAGUGGGGCUUUUAGGCGGGGAGAUUUGCUCUCUGCAGGAGCGGUACUUAGUUAAGCAGGAGAUUGGGAGCGGUUCGUAUGGGAUGAUCCGGGCUGUGCGGGAGAAGGAGACGGGGAAAACGUGGGCGUGCAAGAGCAUUGGGAAGGAUCAGAUUCAGACCAAGGCAGCAGUGGCAGCGUUGCAGCAGGAGGUGGCAGUGAUGCGGCUGCUGAAGGGGCAUGCGCACGUGGUGGAGAUGAAAGAGACAGUGGAAGACGACACGCACGUGCACAUAAUCAUGGAGCUCUGCAAGGGAGGGGACCUCUUUGACCGCAUCAAGCAGCGCAGCCGCUAUGAGGAGAAACCCGCAGCUGCGGUGCUGCAGCAGCUGAGUCUGGUGCUGCGGGCGUGCCACUCCCUGGGAGUCAUGCACCGCGAUGUGAAGCCCGAGAACCUGCUGCUCUGCUCCCCCACUGAUGACGUCGCUGUCAAGGUCACGGAUUUUGGGAUUGCUGCUACGAUCAAAUCAGGCGCCAAGCUAACGGAGUUCAUAGGGUCCCACAUGUACAUGGCACCAGAAUUGAUCAACAAGAGCUACAGUGCCGAGGCCGACAUCUGGUCUGCGGGAGUCGUCCUAUACGUCCUUCUGGCCGGCGUGCCGCCCUUCUGGGCCUCCACAGAAUCGGGAGUGCUGGAUGCAAUCGUAUCCAAGCCCCUCAACUUCUCCUUCCCUCCAUGGCCUUCUAUAUCCCCGGAGGCAAAGGACCUUAUAAAAGAGAUGCUUAAGAAAGACCCGGCGGAGAGAAUCACACUGGACGCUGUUCUUGGUGAGUUCCCCUUUUGCUAA